AUGAAGCAGGGCCCCUAUUCUGCACCACUGUGUGGGGAUUUCAUCUGUGGGGAACUUGGAGCUGUGGAGGGAGAACUCGUCAACACCCAUUGGGAGCUGCAGAUAGAAGCAGAGAAUAUUUUAAAUACACAAAAUGGACCACAGAACCUCACCACUACAGUGACAGAAUUUGUCCUCCUGGGACUUACCCAGAGUCCUGACCUGCAGAUAUUCCUCUUCAUCAUCUUCUUCAUAGUCUACCUGACAACCUGGCUGGGAAACUUCACCAUCAUCACCACAGUGAUCACUGACCACCGGCUCCACACCCCCAUGUACUUCCUUCUGGCCAACUUGGCUUUCCUAGAUGUCAGUGACUCAUCAGUCACUACUCCCAAAUUGCUGUUGGGUCUUCUCAAUCAGCGCAAAACCAUCUCAUUCAACGAGUGCAUCCUCCAGAUGUUCUUCUAUCACUUCAUCGGGGGUGCAAUGGCAUUUUUCCUUGUGGGGAUGGCAAUUGAUCGGUAUGUGGCCAUCCAUAAACCAUUGAAAUACUUGAUUAUCAUGAACCAUAGUAUGUGCAUGGGGCUGGUGGCAUUGGCAUGGCUGGGUGGAUUCACUCACUCUGCUGUUCAAAUGGGGCUACUCCUCCAGCUACCAUUCUGUGGGCCGAACAUCCUGGACAAUUUCUAUUGUGAUGUCCCACAAGUCAUCAAACUGGCCUGCACUGACACCCAUGUGGUUGAGCUGCAGAUGGUCUUCAAUGGUGGAGUGCUCCUUGUGGUCGUAUUCAUCAUUCUGCUCAUUUCCUACAUUAUCAUCUUAGUCAAGAUCAGGACACACGUCACAGAUGGGAAGCACAAGGCUCUGUCCACCUGUGGAACCCAGAUUGCCGUGGUGUGUUUAAUAUUCAUACCCAGCAUCUUCAUCUACGCUCGCCCCUUCAAGAAGUUCACCCUGGACAAGGUGGUCUCAGUCAUUUACACUGUAAUCACCCCAAUGCUGAACCCAAUGAUCUACACGCUGAGAAAUGCUGAGAUGAAAAAUGCCAUCAGGAGACUGAUAAGCAGAAUGCUGUUCUCAGGGAAGAAACUAAAGACAUAA